CGCCGGCCAAUCCUCGUCUCCUCUCCUCUCCUCUCCUCACCGUUGACGAAAGCAACACAGCAGAGGAGACUUUGACUUCUCCACCAUUUUCCUCCUCCUCCUCCCGCCCUCUUAAGAUGUUACGUACGGUCCCGCCCACCAACCUCAACUUGCCUUGCGGCCCCUGCACGUCUCCUCCUCCUCCUCCUCAUGGCUCACUCCAACCAUCGCCUCCUCGUUGCCUUCGCCGUCGCCGUCGCGGUGUAUCGUGCCGUCGGAGAGGCGUCCGGGGUCGGGUUCAACCUCCACCACCGGUACUCCCCGGUGGUCCGGCAGUGGGCGGAGGCCCGGGGACACCCCCUCGGCGCGCAGUGGCCAGCUCACGGCUCGCCGGAGUACUACUCCGCGCUGUCCCUCCACGACCGCGCACUCCUCGCCCGCCGCGGCCUCGCCGGCGCCGACGGCCUCCUCACCUUCUCUGAUGGCAACGACACCUACCGCAUCAGCAACCUCGGAUUCUUGUACUACGCGGAGGUGGAGGUGGGCACGCCGAACGCGACGUUCCUGGUGGCGCUGGACACCGGCAGCGACCUCUUCUGGGUGCCCUGCGACUGCAAGCACUGCGCGCCGAUCGCCAACGCCACGGAAGAGGGGCAGGGCGGUCCCAAACUCAGGCCGUACAGCCCGAGUCUGUCGUCGACGAGCAAGACGGUGACGUGCGACAACGCGCUCUGCGACCGACCCAACGCCUGCGGCGCCGCGGGCAACGGCAGCUGCCCCUACACCGUCAGGUACGUGUCCGCGAACACCUCCUCCUCCGGGGUGCUCGUCCAGGACGUCCUCCACCUCACCAGGGAGGGGCCAGGGGGCGCCGCUGCCGAGGCCUUGCAGGCCCCCAUCGUGUUCGGGUGCGGGCAGGUGCAGACGGGUUUGUUCCUGCAGGGCGGCGCCGCGGACGGCCUGCUGGGCCUCGGCAUGGAGACGGUCUCCUUGCCGAGCGUGCUCGCCAGCAGCGGCCUCGUCGCGUCCAACAGCUUCUCCAUGUGCUUCAGCCACGACGGCGUCGGCCGGAUCAACUUCGGCGACGCCGGCAGCCGGGACCAGGCCGAGACGCCCUUCAUUGUCAGCAGCACACGCCCAACGUACAACGUCAGCUUCACGUCGAUCAACGUCGAGAGCAAGUCGGUGCCGGUGGAGUUCACCGCCGUCAUGGACUCCGGCACGUCCUUCACGUACCUCAACGACCCGGAGUACACAGAGCUCGCCACCAAUUUCAACUCCCAGAUUCGCGAGAGGAGAACCAAUUUCAGUAGUGACUCUGCAGGCUCUGUUCCGUUCGAGUAUUGCUAUUCACUGAGACCUAACCAAACAGAGGUGCUCAUGCCGGAGGUGAGCCUGACGACCAAGGGUGGCGCCCUGUUCCCGGUCACCAGUCCGUUCCUUGUCUUUGCCGACCAGAUCAACGGGGAGUUUCGUCCUAUCGGUUACUGCCUGGCCAUCCUGAAGAGCGACAUCAGCAUCAACAUAAUCGGCCAGAAUUUCAUGACCGGGCUCAAAGUUGUGUUCGACCGGGAGAGGUCCGUCCUGGGCUGGCAGAAGUUCGACUGUUACAAGAACGCGAGAGCGGCAGACGCCCCGGACGGGAGCCCCAGCGCCUCCCCGGCGCCGACGACUCUCAAGCCGCAGCAGGACGGCGGAGGCGACAGGUACCCCGGCGCGGCGCCCGUGCCGCGGUCGGCCGGCGCCGCCCGCACUCUCGGAGGCCUCUCCCUGCUGCUUCCUCUGCUUGUAGCAGCACUUGUCUGAAGACGGAUCCUUCGUUCCCGGCCGCUGCAGUUGUGUACAUAAAAACUCGUUUUUGAUUCAGAGCUCAGGUGCAUAGAUCGUUUAUACGAAUAAACAUAUAGUUGAUUUCUUCUA